AUGCAGUUCCUCAACAUACUCCAGUUGCUCUCCUUGGCUAUUUUGAGCGGCCAAGGCCUGGCUCUACCCACAAACCCCUCGGGACAUCUUGAAUCUUGCCCAAUCGAUACCGCGACUGCUUCCGACAAGCACAGAAUCGUUGCCCGUGGCUGCGAGGGCCCUAGCGGAUAG